UGCCAUAAUAUUUUUUGUUAACCCAAUUAAACCCCCAAUAUAAUCCCAACCCUCUAUUUCCUAUUGUUUAAAAAAAAAAAAUCAAUUAAAUUAAUUAAGAAAUAAAACAAACCCGCGACACAUUUAUCCCCAAAUUAAACAUAUGAACCCUAAUCCAAAACUCUCUCCUCUGUUUGCUCGUAGAGAGCAAAUCGGCGACCACUGAACAGGCGACGACGCUGCUUCACUUCGCCGGCUCCGGUGUCCCUUCUUCGCCGGGUCCGAUAUUCAUUUGCCCCUCUUCGACUCCGCCGGUGUUUUCUUCUUAUACGAAGGCGCCUACUCCUCCUUCAAACUCGACGCUCUCGAUCUCAGGUAUCACAAUGGAUGAGUUGCCUAAAUGUCUUUUCAAAGAAGGAACUGAAACGCAAAUUGAGAAGGUCAACAACACUUGCCGGACUUCCAUACUUGAGGAGGUGGAGAAGUACCUUGAACCAGAGUACAAGGAUGUGUUGGCUGAUCCGUUAUUUGCUCAGGUUAUGGCCAUUCAUGAGCACAAGCUUCAGUAUUCGGGAAGAGUGAUCCACAGCUUUGUUUGUAAGCAGCUUAUCACCGCAAAGCGUCAUGAGUUAUGGUUCCAUUAUGCUAGGUGGCCUCUGAGAUUUUCAAUGCAAGAGUACUUUGCGAUCACUGGUCUGAAAUAUAAGGACGAGCCUGACUUGGAGAUUGAUGUCUGGAAAAAUGAUAAAGGGUUUUGGAGUAAAUUGCUUAGGAGAGGAGGCAAGAUUAGCCUAAACCAAAUCAGGACGGUUCAUUUGAAAUCUUGUAACACGUGGUCUCGUGUUGAUAGGCUGAGGUUGGUUUAUUUGUGUGUGAUUGCUGGUAUAGUUAUGGCGAAGGAUCAUAGGGUGGCUAUCCCACACAAGUACAUCAAGCUGGUUAUGGAUUUCGAUAAGAUGAGGAAAUAUCCGUGGGGUCUUGACUCCUUUGAUGCGCUGGUGAGUUCCAUUAUCGAAGCUCGGGCUAAGGUGAAGAAGAACAGUUAUGUCAUAGACGGAUUCUCGUAUGCUCUUCAGAUUUGGUUGAUGGAGGCUAUUCCAGACAUCGGUUCUCUUUUAGGGCAGAAACUCCAAGAAGGCGUCACUAGCAUGAGAUGCAGGAAUUGGAAAGGAUCUGCUAAGGUUUCCUAUGAAGAUAUUGUUAGCUUGGAGUCUACUUUUGGAACCAAAGGAGUUGUGUUUCCAUACAUCUCUUCAUCUGGAAAUGGCAGUGUCGUUUUAGAUUCUGAGUUUCAGCGAGCCUCUGAGAUGAAGGAUGAAAGAGUCGAUUUGAUCAUUGAGAUGAUUCAGAAGAAGUAUGAUUAGAGUAAGCAUGUUUGGGCUUAUCAGGAAACGGUACAACCAGUUGAGUCCAGUUCCGAGGAAGAUGGUUCCGGCGAGGAAGAGGCAGGAGAAACAAGUGAGAAUGAAAUGGAAGCAG